ACUAGAUUGAUAUGUAGACCAGAACAGUUAAGGUUCUUAUAAUGCUGGCUCAUUAUAGUGCAGUGAGGCUAAAAGCAUAAAGCUAGACUGAAGGAAGUAGCAAGGAUGGUGGAACAAGAACUGUUGAACUGUUAAUGCAUUUGGGGAUGUGAGUGAUUAUUCACAUGAUGAUCUUUUGGAUGGAUUUGUCUCAUCAAGGGUCCAUCAGCCAGGGGCACUAAUGGUCAACUGCCAGAUGAUGCAAAGAACUUCCAGGUUAAAAAAAGAAAUGCAGUUGUUGGCAAGCCAGCCUCCUCCUGGAGUCUCCUGUUGGCAAAAUAAUGAUCAGAUGGAUGAUUUACGAGCCCAGAUUUUAGGAAGUGUUGAUUCACCAUAUGAAGGAGGAAUAUUUAAUCUUGAAAUUAUUGUUCCUGAAAGAUAUCCAUUUGAACCUCCAAAAAUUCGGUUUCUGACCCCAAUCUAUCAUCCUAACAUUGACACUGCGGGAAGGAUCUGCCUGGACAUCUUGAAGCUGCCUCCAAAGGGUGCCUGGAAGCCAUCCCUUAAUCUUGCUACUGUGUUAACUUCCAUUCACUUAUUGAUGUCAGAACCUAAUCCAGAUGAUCCUCUCAUGGCUGAUAUUUCAUCUGAAUUCAAAUACAACAGACAGUCUUUUUUGGAGAAUGCAAAACAAUGGACAUUAAAAUAUGCAACACCAGCAAAAAAGGAUGAGAUAUCUAGCUGCCUGAAGGAGAAUCAGAGCCAUGUUGAAGACCAGAAUCACAGCCAGCUUGUGAAUAAGAAUACACCAGUAUCAAGAAAGAGAUCUGCCUGUGAUUCUGAAAAUGCUAAGAAAUUUUGUUUAUAAAUAAUGUGGUACUUGUGUUUGUGUUUUGAUGUUAUCUUUUAAAGUUUUUGUAACUAACCUGUAAAUUUGUUGCUUAUGUGGUUUCAUAAAUGUAGUUUUUGGCAAUGACAAUAAAUUACCAAUUAGUGGUGACAAAGAAAA